AUAUAAAUUAUAUAUACAAAAGUAAUCAUUCAUCCAUUAAUAAAUUAGCUACUAAUUAGAAAAUAUAAAUAUAUAAAAUCUAAUAACGUACAAUUAUUAUAAUUAAAAGUAAUUCAAAUAGCACGUCAAAAAAAAAAAAGUAAUUCAAAUAGAAAACAAAUAUAUGGAAGAAACUAUUUAUAAAGUGUUAUACAACUUAAUAGUACUAAACUGUAAAUGUCAUGUAAUACAUCAGAUACCAAAUUGGAACACAAAUUUGGAUAGAUUUGUAUCCAAAAAAUUAUUUCAAUCACGUUAGCUAGCUAUAUAUAUAUCAUCCAUAAAAUCUUUUUCUAUAUAUCUUGAUAAUGUUUAUUACUACAGUCAAUAUUUAAAGAAAAGAAGUAAAAAAGAAAAUGAAAAGGAGCAAUGAUCAAAAAGGUUCUGGUACUGGCUUGUUCAACGAGUCAUCAUCAUCAGAAAUAGUAGUACUCCAUGAUACCGGAGGAAAUCGUUGGCUGAGGCCGGUUUCCAAGAAGAAAGCGGUGGCAGCCAUCGCCCCAGCCGUUAUUCUGAUAGUUUUCAUCUUCUUCUCUUUCUCUCUCGUUAUAAUGUUAUCUGCAGGGUGGAUCAAUGUUUCUAAUAAUGAAAAUGCAAGAUUAAUAAAAACUACUACUUGUCCAAGAAACUACACCUACAGUAGUACCAGUUGGUCAUCUUUAAUCAAUCCUAGUGAUCCGGUGGUGAGUAAUACUACUACUACUACUGUGUCGACGUGUCCAUCAUACUUCCGUUGGAUUCAUGAAGAUCUGGGCCAUUGGAAGGAGAGUGGAAUCACAAAGGAGAUGGUGGAGAGAGCUCAGAGGACGGCGCAUUUUAGACUAGUGAUCGUGGAAGGGAAGGCGUACGUUAAAAAGUAUAGGAAGUCGUUACAGAGUAGAGACAUGUUUAGUAUAUGGGGUAUUUUACAGCUUUUGAGGUUUUACCCUGGUCGGUUGCCUGAUUUGGAGCUCAUGUUUGACUGUAACGAUCGUCCGGUGGUUAGAAUGAGGGACUUCCGGGCACCCAACCCCCGACCACCGCCGCUUUUCCGAUACUGCUCUGAUCGGUGGAGCAUGGACAUUGUGUUCCCUGAUUGGUCUUUCUGGGGCUGGGCUGAGUGCAAUAUAAAACCAUGGAAAAAUGAGUUGGCGGACAUAAAAGAAGGCAACAAAAGAACAAAAUGGAAAGAUAGGGUACCCUAUGCUUAUUGGAGAGGAAACCCAUAUGUGGCUCCUACAAGAAGGGACCUUCUUAAAUGCAAUGUCUCCCAAAAAAAUGAUUGGAAUACCCGCAUCUAUAUUCAGAGCUGGGAAGAAAAGAAAAAACAAGGGUACAAGAAAUCCAAUUUAGAAGACCAGUGUACCCACAGAUACAAAAUAUAUACAGAAGGAUGGGCAUGGUCUGUUAGUGAAAAAUACAUAUUAGCUUGCGACUCAAUGGCCUUGUACAUUAAGUCACGUUACCAUGAUUUCUACAUAAGAGGCAUGCAACCAUUGCAACACUACUGGCCUAUUAGAGAAAACACCAAGUGCACCUCUCUCAAGUUCGCUGUAGAUUGGGGUAACAAUCACACUCACCAGGCAGAAGCGAUGGGGAAAGAAGCAAGUAAGUUUAUAGAAGAAGAUAUGAAAAUGGAGUACGUGUAUGAUUACAUGUUCCAUCUGUUAAACGAAUACGCAAAGCUUUUUAAGUACAAACCAACCAUACCUGCCGGAGCAGAGGAGCUCUCUGCCCAAGCCAUGCUGUGCCAAGUCACUGGGACCUGGAGAAAUUUCAUGGUUGAGUCGAUGGUCAACUCUCCUAGCGACUCCAUUCCCUGCUCUUUACCCCCAAACGAUCCUCAGGCCAUUUCUCAGUUGCAUCACAAAAGGGAUAGUUCUAUCAGGCAAGUGGAGUUCUGGGAAAAUGAAUACUGGCAAAAGCAGCCAAAGCCCAAAUAAAUGGGCUAAUUAAUUAGUUGAACUUUAUUCUCCCUAGUCGGCCUGGCCCGGCUUUCAUGAUCAGUAGGCUCACUUGUAGCAUUUUAUUUUGUGGGCCCGAGUGACAAUAUCCAAUUUUAAACAGUAGUAUUUGUUCCUAAAAAAAAAAAAAAGUGGUAUUUGUCCUCAUAUAUACAGUUAUUAUAUGUGUAUAGUUUGAAUUGUUUAUUGUCAUUAUAUUUUAGAUUAUCAUAAAUGUAAUUAGUCAGCUAGUUUAUGACCUUUCAAUUAUUAAUUUAUGUCACAGGAUAAGCCCUACCUUCGAGAAUAUAUCAUAUAUGUAUAUCAUGUAUUCGCGAUUAAAAUUUUUAUCGUCAAGUUGUAUUGUAUAUGGAUGACUACUUUUUCUUAUAGUAAUAUAUAUUUAUAUAAAUGUAUGUGAAACAGAAAAUUGAUGUGCUAUACAUAAUAUUAUAUAUAUAUGACUUCAGACUUCAUCUAACAUAUUGAAUUGGACAAUUUAUUUAAUGUAUUAUUUGAUGAGUCAUCACGUUAUUAUCACAUUAUAAUCUCCAAAAUGCAUAUUACUAUCUUACUCUCCAAGAGUCCAAGUACACAUCUGUUCUCUCACCAAAUACAUAAUAUAUUAUUUGUGUAUGCAUGUAACAGAUAAACAAAUAUGUAAGAUAAUUUUCUUAAACUUUUAUCAUUAAUUUAGUUUUUGGAAUGCAUACAUGAGAUGAUA